GAAAUGCACUCACCAUGGAAUGGUGAAUAUUUUGAGGAAAAAUUGAGUUAACUAAAUAAUGUUUUAUUUACUAAAUUUCAAUAAACGUAUAUCUGGGCUUGUAAACAAAGCUUUGCACUGGUGACUGAGGUCUAUAUCAUGUGACGGUGCAUUUAAAAGUUUAGGAAAGCUAACCAAGUGUAUAACACUAAGAAUACACCAUAGCACAAGGCUUGUCAAACUUGCUGCAGCUGGUGUUCUGUCAAUCCAGUGUUGUGGCAGUAUUGUCAAACUAGAUAACCUCAUUUUGGGUUAAUCUUUGUUUAUAAUUGAUUUAUUGAGUUAAUUUGACCCUUACUUAUGUAGGAAUACAUUAUAAUACUUGAAUUAUAACAAUAAAAAUGUCUCACAAGAUUUUAGAACUUUAUAGUGGGAUUGGUGGUAUGCACUGUGCAUGGAAUGAAUCGGGUUUGCAAGGAGAAAUAGCAGCUGCUGUUGACAUAAACACAGUAGCCAACGAAGUUUAUCGGCAUAAUUUUCCAGAAACAACCUUGUUUUCCAAGAACAUACAAUCUAUAACACCCAAACAAAUGCAAAAGCUAAACAUAGACACAAUUCUUAUGUCUCCACCAUGUCAGCCAUUUACAAGAAAUGGAAAAUAUUUAGACGACAAUGAUCCCAGAACUAAUUCAUUUUUAUACCUAAUUAAUAUUCUAGAUCAGUAUCUAGAAUACAUUCUUAUGGAAAAUGUAAAAGGAUUUGAAUGUUCCACUGUGAGAAAUAUAUUUAUAAAAAAGUUGGAAGACUUAGACUUUGCUUAUCAAGAAUUCUUAUUAUGCCCAUCUUCUGUAGGAGUUCCUAAUUCUAGGCUUAGGUAUUACUGCACUGCCAGAAGGAACACUUUAUCUUGGCCUUAUAAAAGAAAAAAUGAAAUUAUAACAAGCCUUCCAAAAGAUUACGGAACUCCUUUCUCAUUAGACAGUAUUCUUGAAGAUGAUGUUGAUGAAAAGUUCAUAUUGCCUGAUAACAAACUGAAGCAUGGGAAGGUUUUGGACAUAUGUUACAUGGACUCAAAGAGGUCCUGUUGCUUUACAAAAGCUUACACACACUACUCUGAAGGAACUGGUUCAGUAUUUACUGACAAAACCCCAGAACACGUUAAAGCAUGUCAAGAAAAAGCAAACUUAAAAGAGAUAGGAAGUGCAGAGUAUAUUGAAGCUCUAAAAGAAUUAAAACUUAGGUAUUUUACUCCAAAAGAAAUUCUAAUGCUAAUGUCCUUCCCUAAAUACUAUACAUUUCCCUCUAAUAUAUCUCUGAAACAAUGUUAUAGGUUGUUAGGUAACAGUGUAAAUAUAAAGGUUAUAAGUGAAUUGUUAAAAAUACUUUUUGAGUAAUAAAUUAUUUAUUUAUAACAUUUUUGAUAACUUAAUUGAAUGAUAAUUUUACAGGUUAACUUUAUUACAUACAGGAAGAAUAUACAU